UUAAGUGAACAGAUAAAAUAAAUGAACCUUCGGUUAGAAAGGAAAUUGUAUCGAGUUUUUUAUUUUUAAUUGUAAUCAUCUGGUCUUUGAAUGUGAAUUCUAACCAUUUAUUGUGUCACUUUCUCUAAAUACAGUUGAUUUUUGGAUCAUCUUUACCUUUGAUCUUCAUGGCAAAAGUAGCAAGUAAUCAAUCGAUCGCCAAGUUGGACUGUGGCCACGACCAAAGUGAAGUUUUUUAUAUUCAUAAAUGUUUGAAGACUUUUUGUUAUAAGUGUGAGCAAGAAAAUCUUUCGUGUGUCCUGUGUAAAUCUGAACUAGUCGAAACUGAUUAUCUCAAAGCCAUUGAAAGGAAAAGAUGUGAAGAUACUUCCAUUUGCAACCGUCAAGCCAUUUACCGUUGUUCGUGUGGAAACAAAGAUUUUUGUGAGGCUCAUUUACUUAAAUUUCACAGAACAGUUUUACCAUCAAAAAGAUGUUGUGUUGUGAUACUCGAUUCGGACUCAGAUUAUCAACCAUGUUCCAAGUGUAAAAAUUUCAUCGGUCGAUAUGUGGACUUCAAAACUAAUGAGUUUUUCUGUGCUUCAUGCAAAAAGGAUAAUAAUUCAUCUACUUUAGUGAAAAUUGAGCUAAACGAUGACAACAAUAAUACCGACAACAUAGCCAACAAUUUAAAAAUUCAUCUUGAUAAUUUACAAAAGCGAUUGGAUCUGUUGAACAGAAAAUUGAAAGAUUAUACGAUCGAGAUAGAAAACGAAAAGGCCGAAUUCAAUAAAGGAAUCGGUCACAUGAGAAGUAAAUUAGAAAGUUACUUGAGUGCUAACAAGGUCAAAAUUGAUUCUUUGCGAGCGGAAGUGGACAAAUUAAAACAAUUUUCGAAUCAAUUGAAUCGCAGUGAUAAAUUUGGAAUAAUCGAUCUCAUCAAGUCGAAUAAGCUUAACAAUAAGCUUGCAGACUCGAAAUUAAAGUUAUGGGUCGAAGAGAUAGUGAAAUCGUAUGUUAUUCCUGAAUUAACCAAAUCGGAUGUAGAUUGGGCUAAAGAAUCUGAAAGAGCUUUUCGCGAGUUGGUUCCUGGUCCACGGAACUGGAAGCUUAAUCAUGGUCCUUUUUUUCCUGAUAAUUUACUCAAAUUAACUUACGACUUAAUCAAAGAACAACUUUUGCACCAGAAUAUCUGUAGAGCUCCAUCUUGUUACUGUGAACAAAACAAUCUCAUGAAAAAAGUUCACGACCUUAAGACUGAAUGUAAACUCUCGCAAAAUAAUCUGGAUUAUUUUCUCGAUUGCUCAUCAAUCGCUGGUGGUGAUGUAACUCUAUUGGUUGAAACUGGUAAACGAGCUCUUAAUCAGUCUGAUUUUCGCGUCGCUCGAGUUUGUUUUGAAGAAGCUCAUCGAAUCAGUCCGACCAAUUGGAUUGUUCUUGACACUUUAAUGGGUCUUUACUUCAUUUUCAAUGAUAACAGUAAUUGUCUUAAGCUCGCAAUCAAAGGUUUGACUGCAGAUUGUAAUUACUUCAAAGCUCGUGUUUUAAUAUCAGAGAUUUUGAAAUCAACACCAACUUUAAAAUCAGAAAUACCUGUUGGUCUUGAUUAUCUACUCGAUUGUAGUUCCGAAGAUGAUUUGACAAGAAAAACAAAAAUUUUAGACGAACUCAAAAGAUGA